AUGUACGAGGCCUCAAGGUCCUUUGGCGGCAACGAAAAGGCGGAGCAAGUUGAUGUCGAGGUGAAUGAGGUGUCAGCGGGGGUUCGGAGCGGGAACGAUUCGACGCAGGUCGUGGGCAGCGCAGAUAUCUUUGACGAGAAUGGGGAGAUCAGGUUGAUUCCGAUGCCGUCGUCGAAUCCAAAGGAUCCAUUGAACAUGACGGAUCUGAGAAAAUGGACAGCCAUUGGUGUCCUCUGCUUCUUCGGCUCCCUUGCCCUCUCCGCCGAGAUCAUCAUAGGCUCCCUCAUCCCCAUCUUCCUCCUUGAAUACGCCGGCCUCGACCCGCGCACCAUCCAAGACAUCAACUUCGUCGCCGCCUCAGGAGGCCAGGGCGCCCAGCUCAACCCGCUCGCCGUCAUCCCCGCGGGCGUGACGCCUCCGUCCCUGACCAAGGUCUCCAUGCUGGCCACCAUCCCGCUCAUCACCAACGGCAUCGCCUCGUACUUUCUGGUGCCCUUGUCUAUUGCCAUCGGGCGCAGGCCUGUGCUGCUGCUGACUGCCGUCCUGGCGUGGGCCGGGGGUUUGUGGGCGGGCCUGUCAUCGUCGCUGGAUGAUCACCUUGCUGCGCGCGCGGUUAUGGGACUUGGCGCUGGCGCUGUGGAAGCGCUGAUCCCGCUGAUUGUUCAGGAUAUGGUGUUUAUACACCAGAGAAACAAGGCGCAGUCUGCGAUUGUGGCUAGUCAGGGUGUGGUCCUCAUCGCUCUCGGUAUUGCCGCGCCGUACGUCUCGGCCAACUAUAAUUGGCGAUAUCUUUAUUAUGCCACCUCAGGCGCGGGCAUCGUGGCCUGGUUUUUACUCAUCGCCCUCCUACCAGAGACCCGGUGGACCAGGUCCAAGGAGAUGCUCGCUGGUCGGCCCGAGGAGGAGCUCGUGCCCGGCGAGAAACGUCCCAGGCUCGACUUCACCAAGUACGGCCCUCGAGACCUGUGGACAAACAUUGGCCUCUUUAACGCCGGCUUUGAGUGGAAGAAUGCAGCCGUGUCGAUGCUGAACACGUUGCGGACGACGCUGUUCCCUGCUGUGGUGUGGUCCGUCCUGGCCAACGCCAUCUUCUUGAUCGCCAACCAGGCUGCGCAGCAGCUGGGCUCGUUUGUGCUGCUCGCUCAGGGAUGGGAAUUCCAAUGGACUGGUCUGUCCGUCAUUCCAUUCGUGCUCGCCACGGUUGUAGUCUUCUUCCUCUCCGGCCCCGUCGCCGACAAAGUCACCACCACCAUCGCCAAACGUCGCAACGGCGUCCGCGAGGCCGAGUUCGGCCUGGCCAACAUGCUCAUCCCCUUCAUCGCCGGAAUCUCGGGCUGCUUCAUCUUUGGCUACGCAGGCCAGUCGACCGGCGUGCCCUGGAUCGUCCUGCUGCUCGGCAUGUUCCUCAUCGUCUUCGGCUUCCUGUGCAUCAUGAUCACCAUCAACGUCUUUGUUGUCGAGUCGUACCCGCAGUGGGCCGGGCCUGUGCUCGUCAACGUGUCUAGCCUGCGCAUCGUCAUUGCUUUCUUCCUGGCGAGCCUGGCGACGACGUGGGUUGCGGAGGAGGGCCUGCUGCCGACGUUUGUCAUCUAUGCCGAGGUCAUGAUUGUUCUUGUGCUGCUUCUGCCUGUCCUUUGGGUGUUCGGGAAGAGGAUCCGGGUGUGGACGGCUGGCCGGGUCCGAACAGCUGGACUGGAGGAGAAGAUGGCGUAUGACACUGAGUCCAGGUGGUCUGAGUGA